AUGAAUGCAUCGACCGCAUCGUUUAUGAGCACGUCCAGCGCGGGAUUGCGUACGCGUAGUUCCUUUUCUACACUAUCCACCGAAAAUCAGUCCACCUUCUUUCUCGAUAUGGCUAUUAUUCGUUUCCUUACGCUGUCGCAAGAGCUGAAAUUGCCGCAAUCAGCCCUAUACCGAGCAAACCGCGAAUUGAUAAAUCUGGAUUGA